UAAUGAGUUGGAUAGGGCUGGUCUCACGUCUUUCGAUGGAUUUAUAUACGUUUUAAGAUUAUUUAUUCAGUAGAAUUUAUUUUAAUGAGUCUCAGCAACAUUUUUAACGUAAUUCUCGAAGUUAUCAGAAUAAGAUUGCAAUUUAUAUUUAUAAAUUGAUUUUUGCAGUUUUUUUGUGUGUCUGAAAACAGUGAAACGAAUGUUGUGACUUGACCACGAUAUUGAUAUUUUAUAUUAUUUAUUUGUAAAGAAUUAGAAACAUUAAAAUUUAAAAAUGAUGAUGGAUUAUUUUGUCACUAAUAGUUCAUUGGCACCUGCACCUAUGGGCAUUCAAAGUACUGCAGGUGCUAUACCUGUUAAAAAUGAUAAAGGAGAAUUGUCCAUGAAGAAAGUAAAAGUGCAUCGGUAUGUAUCAGGAAAACGCCCAGAUUAUGCACCAACAGCUAGCUCUGACGAGGAAUCGGAAGAAGAAGAUUUUCUUGAAAAAUGUGUUACCAAGGCUAGUGCUGGUGGCGAUGGAGAAAACGUUGAUGCUGAAGCAGGUCAUCAAAAGUCUAGUGAUGACGAAGAUCCAAGAUUGCGUCGAUUAACUCGUUUAGAACGUCAGCAAGAAGUCGAAGUAGAAAUACGGGCUGAACGACAUCGUAGAAUUCACGAGCCUGAAAUUCUUGAAGCCGAACCGAUCGAAAGAUCUAGAGAAAAAAUUAAAUUAGAGAGCUCCGAUUCGUCAGAAGACGAAGAAUUAUCUGACUCUGAAAUCGAAAGACGACGAGACGCUCUUCGGCAACGAGUUUUAUCGAAAAAGGACAAUGAAGACGUUAUGACACAUAACGAUGAAGAAGAAAGGUCAGGAUCGAGUUCUGAAGAGAGUUCAGAAUACGAAGAGUAUACAGAUUCUGAAGAAGAAACUGGACCUAGAUUGAAACCAGUAUUUGUAAGGAAAAAAGACAGAAUUACAGUAAUGGAACGAGAAAAAGAAGCCAUGAAACAAAAACAAGCUGAAAUUGAAAGUAAAAAAAUGGCAGAAGAACGAAAAAGACAAACAUUAAGGAUGGUUGAGGAAGCAAUUCGUAAAGAAACUCAGGGUGAAAAAAUGGUUGAUUCUAAUGAAGGUAAAAUAGAAGACGUCUGUACAGAUGAUGAAAAUGAUGAACUCGAAUAUGAAGCUUGGAAACUGCGUGAACUAAAAAGAAUAAAGCGUGAUCGUGAAGAACGUGAAGCAGUUGAAAAAGAACGUCUGGAAAUUGAAAGAAUUCGAAAUCUAACUGAAGAAGAACGCCGCCAAGAAGCUAGAUUAAAUCCGAAAGUAGUCACAAACAAAGCAGCCAAAGGAAAAUAUAAAUUUCUACAGAAAUAUUAUCAUCGUGGUGCGUUUUACUUGGAUAAAGAAGAGAAUAUAUUCAAACGAGACUUUUCUGGUGCAACAUUGGAAGAUCAUUUUGAUAAAACAAUUUUACCUAAAGUCAUGCAAGUUAAAAAUUUUGGCCGUAGUGGAAGAACCAAAUAUACUCAUUUGGUUGAUCAAGAUACAACACAAUUUGAUUCUCCUUGGAUAUCAGAGACUGCUCAAAACCUUAAAUUUCAUAAUAAUCAAGCAGCUGGAAUGAAACAAGUUUUUGAAAAACCAUCGCUCAAGAAAAGGAAAAACAUGAUUUAAGAAAUAAUAGUCAUAAAAUUUUUAUUAUUUAUCUUUUAAAUCAAGUACAUAAUUAUUGUAAGAUACAAUCAAUUUACAAUCUUUUUUCCUCUCAUCAUUUGAAUAAAUUUGUUAAUUACAUUUCUGAAGAAAUUUUAGAGCUCGUUUGGCUGCGCCUACUUUUGCUAAUUUUUUAGUCUUGCCAAAUCCAUGAAAAUAGCGAUAUUUACCAAGAGUUCUAAUUUCUAAAGUUACCAAUAUUUUUUUGGUAUUUUCAUCAAUUUCAAUUUUCGAAAAUCGAGGUUUAAUACCUGGAGUUUCGUAAAGGACACGAAUAGCCUGCUUGGGCACUUUUUUACUAAAUUUAUUAAUUUCGUCAUGCAUUAAUGAAUAAAGAACGCUCCAAGUCCUUUUGAGAUCUUUACCACUAUCUAAAUAAACAGCUCCUAUUACGGAUUCAAAAAUAUCACCUAAAACUUUAGGCACGUCAACAUAUUCUGCUACAUCACAAUCAUCUUCUUCUAAGAGAAUCCAAAGUAACUCGUCAUCAACCACAUAAUUUCUAUCUUCUUGAAAUUUCACAAAAUUAUCAAUACUUUCAAAUAAAGUAGGAGUGUAAGAAAGUAAGGCAGUAUUUAAUUUAUAUUUUACAGUUAAACAUCCAAAUGUGAUAUUAUUUACGAGGGCUGACCUUAAAUCAGUUAAUUCUCCAGGAUUUAAAUUAUUACAAUUCUCGUAAAUAUAAACCGUAAUCAGAAAAUCGAUUACUGCAUCACCAAGAAAUUCAAGUCUGUCAUAACUUAAUGUUAUUUUAUUCGGAGAGUAUGAAGCAUGAGUGAAUGCUUGAAGUAAAAAUGUACGAUCUCUAAAUUUAUAGCCUAGAACCUCUUCUAUAUGAUCUACCCAAUUCAUGUAAAUAUUUACAUCACCAACGUUUAAUGCUGCACUUUUUGGAGUGCCAAACAAUAUUUGUUCAACGUUUACUUGAUCCGGAAUGAUUCCAAACCAUUGUAGGAGUUUGCUAGCUCCUAACAAAUUCAUGUUUUUAAGAUAAACACCAAUAAUAGCUUCAACGGAAUCAGCUAUCGUUUUAUCUGGAAUAUUUUGAAUGUUUAUAAAGUGCUCAACUCCUGUAGAACCUGUGGGAUUUAUCCAUGAAGAAAUUUUAUUCAAAAAUUCAUUGCGAGUUUCAUCAGAUAUUAUACCUUGAAAUUGUUCGGAUUGAGGUAUAUUAACUUCAUAUAAAACACUUGGCGAUUUAUUUUGUGAACGUAUCAUUUGUUGAAUUUCUUGAGGUGUACAAAAAGAUGGUGAAAUAAAAUUACUUUUUGGUA